GAAAAUGUCAGCGUUCGGACCUGUCGGGGUGGAAAGCCGUUCGUCCGGGAACGAAAGGGCAGUUCUGGCCACUAAAAGUUCCGACGCCGGCAGAGCAAUGCUUCAGCGUCAAGCCUCGCUCUGGUUAUUUGCUUCUCUAUGCUGUGGGCCUCCUCGGACGGCCAUGGCCGCCUCCUGCAUCCGGUCUGCCGUGCGAGCAUGUGGCGCAUCGGCAAGUACCACACACCGCGCGACUUCACCGACAACCAGCUGUACUGCGGGGGCCUUACGCAUCAGAAGCGGAUGGGCGGCAAGUGCGGCAUCUGCGGCGACCCCUACGACCAGCGACCGCCGCGGGCCCAUGAGAUCGGCGGUGCGAAGUUCGUCAAGUCAGCCAUCAUCGUGGAGAAGUACAGCAAAGGGGCGAUCAUCAACGCAAAAGUGCAGCUAACGGCAAAUCAUCUGGGCUACUUCGAAUUCAGCAUUUGCCCUGUUCAUGGAAUGGCGGCGGAGGCAACGCAGGAAUGUCUAGACCGGCAUCGCCUGCAGGUAGUCGGCACUGGCUCUACUCGGUACCCAAUCUCCGGCGGCAUGAGGAUGGUGAUCGUGCCGCUGCAGCUGCCGGCCUCCGUGACCUGCAAACACUGCGUCUUCCAGUGGAAGUACACUGCGGGCAACAAUUGGGGGUACUGCUCCAAGUCAGGAAAGCACAGGCGGAUCGGGCGGAUCGGGUGCGGCCCUCAGGAGCACUUCUUUGGAUGUGCCGAUAUAGCGAUCUUUUGAUCUCAUCUGUUGUCAUGAUGGUUAGUCGGCAAGCGCACAGCGUAGACCAACCACCGGCGGUUGGCGUGAUCCAAGGUGUUUGUAAUGGCUCAGAAGCCAGCAAAAUGGACUGUCAUGCUAAAGGCAAGGAUUGCCGUCACCUAAUCCGGCAUGGAUUUGCAAAUCAUCGAAAAGUAGGACGGAGAUAGCCAAGCACUUGACGUCUAUCACUAUUUCAUUUACCACAUGUCCAGGUCGGUCAACGACUUACGCUCAUCUUUGCUCUCACAAAGUAAAUUAGUCAACCGUUCGUUGCGCCUAGCUGAAACGAGGAUUUACAGACGGGUGGUCUGUCGGAUGUCUUUCAAAGUACGCAUCAUUCUGAUCAGGUUGCAUCACGCUUCUCAGCUUGUGUGCCAUUGUCUUGCGCCAAUGGAAUUGUGGUACAUUUAAAUAUAUGUGUUCAU